AUGGCCACAAAUCCCAGCAGCAGCGAGACGACAGUUAGCUUGAAGCUCCUCGUAGACAAAAGCUCAAACAAGGUGGUGUUUGCCGAGACCGGAAAGGAAUUCGUGGACUUCCUCUUCGGACUUCUACAGGUACCUCUCGGUUCCAUCAUCAGACUUCUUCGGGAUAAUGACUUGGUACCUGGGUCAGGGUCCCUGGGCAGAGUCCAUGAGAGCAUCCAAAACCUUGACCCCACCUAUCUUCUUCCAAACCAAACCAAGGGUUCUCUCUUGAGCCCUAAAUCAGCAUCUUCAACUCUUACCCCUCCAUUGCUGCAAAAUUUCGUUUCACCUGAUCAAGAGAACGUGUCUAAGCCCCGCCACUACUACGGUGGUGAAGUUCAAAACAAUACUGAGAAAGGGUAUGUUAGAGGUGUGGUGACAUACAUGGUGAUGGAUGAUUUGACGGUGAAACCCAUGUCGACCAUUUCUUGCAUUACCCUUCUCAACACUUUAAACAUCAAAGACAUAGGUUCUGUCCAGGAGAAGAAGGUCGAGAUUGACAUUAAGAAGAGCCUGGAGCUGAUAAAGGUUUCAAUCGACUCCACCACAGUCCUGACAGACGUUUUCUUGGGCACAGGGAGUAAUCUUUCAAUCCAAUCCGAAGAAACAUGACUAUUUAGUAUGCAUGGGUAUGUCAUAUGUGUGUAAAAGUAAAGUAUUUUGCAAGGGAAAUUCAUCAACCAUUUAAAUGGUUUUGGGAAGAAAAAUAAGAAUUUCUGGGCUGUGUAUGUAACUAGAUCUGGGUUUUAGUAAAGAUCAGAGCUAUAUAUUUCCUUU